UUUUUUUAAUUUAAACAAUUCGAUUAUCUAUCACUAGAUGACGUUGCAUAAGCAUUAAUAUUUUCAUGAUAGUCAAAAAAGAAUCGUGGAUCCAUCCUUGUGUCUGUUGGAAUGAUGAGUGAUGCGCGUGAGUCACACAAACACUGUCUUUGUUUUUUUUUGUGUGUUUAUUUGCUAGGAGCAUUUGAUGUAUACAAAUUCAAGAAAUCAAUGGAAAUCAAUGGACGCCAUACUGCUAUAUAUAUUAUUUAUAUAUGCUUCUUGUUGGAUAUAAUAAUGAUAAUACAUUGAUGAUAGUGGAUUACUCAACAUGAAGAUGUAUGCCAUAAUAUCACAUCGAACAUAAACAUCACAACAAACAAACAAACAAACAGUAAAUAAUAAAUAAACAUCCGAAAAGAAAAUUGGUAAUUUUGUAUGUGUACGUUUUUUGAUUCAAGAAUUAUCUUUUUGUUUUCAUAUAUAUUCUAUAUGUGUUUUGUUUCCAUCUUGGGAUUCAUUUUGGUUUUUUGUUUAAAAAAAUUUCUCCCAUCAAAACAUUUUAAGGCAACCAAAUUUUCUUGGCAAUAAAAUAAUUGAAUAAAUUAAUUAAAAUGUUUUUUUGUUGGCUUUUUCAUCUUUCAUUUUAUAAUUGAUUAAAUGAAUAAAAUUCAGUGAUGGCUAAAAGGGGUCGAAAAACUGAAACAAGUCCAAAACCUAGAAAGACUACGACGAACAAUAAAAAAAUCAAUGUUACCAAAUCAAAAGGCCGUGGAAGAGGUCGUCCAUCAACGACGGCAACAAAAGCGACAAAAAUAAUUGAAAAAACAUUGACGAAAUCAUCGAAUGAAUCUGCUAAUAUAUUAACAUCACCCAUAAUAAACACGACCAAAGCCAACAAAUCAAAUGUCAAAACUAACAAAACAUCCAAAACAGUAACGGAAUCAAAAUCUAAAAAAACAUCGAUUAAUAAUAAAAAUGAAGAAAAACUUGUUAAAAAUGAAAUUACCGCUACGAAUAAUAGAAAAACCUCGAUAGCCAAUAAAUCAAAGCCAAAAAAAGCACAAAAAGUUUCGAAACCAUCAUCUGCCACCACUAAACGUGGCAGAAAACCCAAAUUGAAAGAUGUAGAAAAGGAUAAAGAUAAGGAAUCCAAUUCAAAGAAGAAAACAAUCCGACCAAAAGCAAAACAAGUGUUUGAAGAUGAUGAAACGGAGGAAGAGGAUAAUUUGGCUGAUGAAAAUUAUGAUGAACCUAAAGAUGAUGAAAUGUUAAACACCAUUAUCCAAGUACCUGUAAAAAAAACAAGUAUCGAAGCCACCAGUGAUAUUUCCUUAACAUAUGGAUUUGAUAAAAUUAGUGGUGAAACAUUAAAUAAGCUUGAAGAGAAUCCAAUUACACUUGCCAAAUCAUCAUCCUAUGAUCAUCAUCAUCAUCAUCAUUCUGCUCCUUAUCAUUUUGAUCAUUCUAAUGAACAAAAUUAUCUCGGUUCAUUGUACAAUAACAAUAUGAAUCUAAUUUCAUCAUCAUCCACAUCAGCAUUUUCAUCGGUAUCGACAGCUAUACAACACAAUCAAUUCGGUACAAAUCAUUUGACAACAUCGUUGCCCAGUUACAAUACGACUUCAUCUCAUUUGCAACAUCAUGGCCAUGCAAUGGCUAAUGAGAUAAACAGUGGGCCAACAUCAUUAGCCAAUAUACCCGUUUCUCCGACGACACCAACAGGCCCUGUUCCACCAACGCCACAACUUCAUCAUCAUGGCCACCAAUCAUUGCUUUCACCACCACAAAAUCAAAACAAUGCGUCAGCAGCAGCAACCCUAGCUAACGAUCCUUCUCAUGAUUUACCAAAUGAAUUACUACAUCAAGGUUGGCGAAAAGUGUGGAGUAAACGUGAAGGACGAUUUUAUUUCUAUAACAAAAACACAAAUCAAUCAAUCUGGGAAAUGCCUAAAUUGUCUAACAUUUAUGAUCCAAUGACCGAUCCAUUGGGAAUACAAUCAGCUAAUAAUCCACCAAUCAGUCAAUUUCAGCCACCAAUUCAUUCCGAUCAUUUAGCACCACCCAUCUAUCAAACGCUUAACCCUGCAUUCACUCCAUUUGCUCAAUAUAAAAAUGAUGUGAUGAGCAAUGACAAGAAGACUAUGAUCGGACCAUUUGAUUUCGAAAUUGAGCCCAAUUGUUACAUUUGGGAGGGAUCGUUUUUCUACUAUUUUCAUCCUCAUCCGGACAUUGAAUUAGCCAGGUAUAAUUGCGUUCACAAACUACGACAACAAUAUUGGGAGCUGUGUCGAACUCGGCAGACAAUUGAUCCUCCAAAAGAUUCUUUUACGAAAUGGAUUCUCGAACGCAAAAUUAUCGACAAAGGAUGUGAUCCUAUAUUACCAUCAGAUUGUAUAAAUGAGUUAUCUAAUUCACUAUAUCGAGAAAUCAUGAGCGAUAUUCCAAUCAAAUUGGUUCGACCUAAAUUCAGUGGUGAAGCUCGUAAACAAUUAUCUAAAUAUGCCGAAGCUGCAAAAAAAAUAAUCGAAGCACAUCCAGUUUCGGGUCAAAGUCGAAAAAUUGUCAAAUGGAAUGUAGAAGAUGCAUUCGAUUGGAUAAGGAAAACAUUAAAUGCAACAUUUGAAGAUUAUAUCGAACGAUUGGAACAUCUAAAGAGGCAAUGUCAACCCCAUAUCGUCGGUGCGGCUAAAUCAUCUGUUGAAGCGAUUUGUUUGAAAAUAUAUCAUGUUUCGGCUGAAUAUGCUCGCCGAAUAAGAGAAAUGAAUCUUGAAUUGGCUAAAAAAGAAGAUCUUAGAGAAUUUUCCAUGAGAAUGAACAAUAAAAAGAUUGCAUGCUAUUCAGCUUAUCUUAUGUAUCCUUGUCCAAAACUACCUCCUACACUAAUGAUCACCGAAAAAGAAAGUGUUAUUCUUCGUUGUGGUAAGAAUGCUGAAAUUUUACGACUGAACACCAAUUAUCUGCAAAAAUUAGAAAUGUUAUAUUAUUUCAAUUGUCGCGAUGACCGAAAAUUUAACUAUUUCUUAACACGUGUUUGGUGUCUUUUAAAACGAUAUCAGAGUUUUUACGACAAGAAUGAAGGCCUUCCCUCACAGAAUUCUCUUGCAUUAUCCGUUUUUGGGGCUUUAAACAAACAUUUUGGUGUAACUUUUGAAUGUUUUGCAUCACCCUUGAAUUGUUAUUUUCGACAAUAUUGUUCAAUUUUUCCCGAUACUGAUGGUUAUUUUGGUUCAAGAGGAUCGAUACUCAACUUUUAUCCAAUUUCUGGUUCAUUCCAAGCAAAUCCUCCUGAUUCGGAAGAUUUGAUCAAUGCUACUAUAACUCAUUUUGAAAAAUUAUUGGAAAAUUCAAUGGAACCACUAUCUUUUAUCAUAUUCAUUCAGGAAAAACCGGAAAUAUCGGAGAAAAUAAUCUCCAGGCUAGAGAGCAAUAAAUUUAAACGAAUGCAUUUGACUGUACAAGCAUCGGAACACGAAUAUAGGCAUGGUUUUCAGCAUGUCAGCAAUCAAAACGAAAUUCAUGUAAAAUCACUUUAUAAUACCAUCGUUUAUUUUCUACAAAACGAUGCGGGAUUCCUAAAAUGGGGCCCAACACCCGAACGCGUUGAAGAGCUUGUCGAAUCGUUUAAACUUGACCGUGACAAAGAGCUGUCAAUCGUAUCACCAUCAUUUACAUCGACCAAUAUUAAUCCUACACAGCAGCAGCAGCAGCAACAACAAAAUCCACAACAAACACAGCAACAGCCACCAAUGGCAUUACAGCCAAAAUCAGAAACGGAAAUUCGUCCAAAUGGUAUUUGAAUUCGUUUUGUUGUUUUUUUUUCUAUUGUUAUUUUGCUGUUUUCAAUAUUAUUCAUCGAUGAUAAUAAGUGAAUAUAAUAUCAAAACGGCAAUUGUUUAUUGGAUUUUUUUUCCAUCAUCAUCAUCAUCAUCCCAAACAUGUUGGCACAAUUUUAACUGAUAUAUAUUUUUUUUAUAGAUUAGUUUUCAUUAUGUAAAAUAUGCCUUAUGUAUUUUUUUCCAUCACGCAAUUAUAAUUAUC